AUGGACCGGCUCUUCCAGAGAGGGAACUCUCCAACAAUCCCUUGGCAGCAUAGAUUCCGAAUUGCGGCUGAAAUUGGCACUGGCCUGCUUUUCCUCCACCAGACCAAACCAGAGCCACUCGUGCACCGUGAUCUAAAACCUGCCAAUAUCUUGCUUGACCACAACUAUGUCAGCAAGAUCAGUGAUGUUGGCUUGGCGAGGCUUGUCCCUCCUUCUGUAGCAGAUACUGUUACUCAAUAUCGGAUGACUUCCACUGCCGGGACUUUCUGCUAUAUUGAUCCAGAGUAUCAACAAACGGGAAUGCUCAGUGUAAAAUCUGACAUUUACUCUAUGGGGAUCAUUUUCCUACAGCUAAUAACGGCCAAGCCACCAAUAGGGUUGACUCACCAUGUUGAAAGGGCUAUUGAAAGAGGAACUUUUGCUGAGAUGUUGGAUCCAGCCUUGCCUGACUGGCCAAUUGAAGAAGCCUUAAGUCUUGCAAAGGUGGCACUCAAAUGUGCUGAGCUAAGACGGAAAGACCGGCCGGAUCUUGGGAACGUUGUCCUGCCAGAGCUAGAAAGAUUGAGAGCAAUUGCAGAAGAGAACAUGUGGCAGUCCAUGUCGUACAGUGCUGGUACUUCGCCCAACCAUAGUCAAGUUUCCAUGUCCCAAGUAAGUUGAGAUUACUUAAAGUCAAACCUCCAAGUUCAUAUGCCACCCAUCUAAUCAUGCUGCAUAUUAAUCAGCUUAUUGAAUGUGAAGAGACUUGUGAAAGGAGCAUGCCAGAUUAAAUCAAGAUUUUUACACUUCAGAAACACUACUCUCUGGAAUUUGGCAACCUGGACUGAACUUUCAUAUAAGAAACUCAAUGAAGACAAGAAUGAAUCUAUUACAAAAUCUUAAGCUGCAAGGCAAAUCACUG